UUUCGUAUACCAAAGAAGAAAACAAACGCCAAGUCAGAGGAUGUUCAAGUUCAGUCCCUUUUGGCAAGGCUCCCAGGCUCCCACCAUUGGGACUACCCUUUAAAAGAGUGGAAAUUAAGGGCCAACAACAGAGAGCCUUCCACAAAAGGAAAAAGGCAAAAGGACUGCAGCAGACACAGCUCUAAUGAUGAAGAAUCAGUUGGGCAACCCAAAGUUAUCUUGACGAAUGUCUUGAGGACGGAAAUAGGAAGAAAAUACACACAGGUGCUACCUAAAACUGGUGCUAAUUUUUCUGAUGCUGGCAAGCUGCAGUCAGAUCAACCACCCUCAUCGUCUGCUGCCAGCCUAAAGAUAUGGCAAAUUUUAAACCCUACUCUCCAAAGCCUUUUUCUGUCGAAAAGGCAACCCAAAGUUAUCUUGACGAAUGUCCUGAGGACGAAAAUUGGAAGAAAAUACAUAGACAGCCACGUAAUAAUUGAUGUAAAUUUAUCUGAUGCUGACAAAUUACAAUGGGGUCAACUACCCUCGUCAUCUGUUGCCAGCCUACAGACAUAUCAAAUAUUAAGUUCUACUCAUGAAAGUUCUUUUCUGUCUGAAAGGUCUGAGGAUUGCCUGAGAAAGACAGAUGAUGAUCUGUGUAAAUUGACCAAGGCUUCUAAGGAACCAGGAAAAAAAAAGGUCUUCGCUUUUAGAAGACGGGAGCUGCAGAAGAAAGAAAACAAGAACUAUGAUGAACUGGAAAAGAAGAGCAGAAACAUGAACAGCACCACUCUUAGUCAGAAGGAAUCACACUCUCUUGAGUCUCAGAAAAGGAAAAGAAGAUCUAGUGGCCUUAUUUCUGAUGAUUGUAAUGCACACAUUCCAGAAAAAUCACGUCUGCUGUCUAAAGAGCAGAGAUUGAGUUCAGCUCAGUCUCCUGGCCGCAGAACACCCUGUGAAGAUGGACAAGGUCGCAGAUCUAACAUAAUUCUGGUGCCAGAUUGUAUUCCCCAGCCAUUAGAGAAACACUAUAAAGACACUUCUGCCAACAACCACUUAAGGGCUGCUCCCAGCUGCACGGAGGAACCGGGCUCAGAGUCUCCUCCCAUAAAUUUGUCAGAGAAACAGCUUUCUGCCAGCAGUGAGGACAUGUUUUCACCACAAGUUAGUACCAUCAGGAAAUUAAAGAUGGACCCAUCACAGUACCUGAUCAAGCUGCGGAACAGAAUCUGCAGGGGUAAUGGACAACUUGUUUCAGUUGACACAAUUAUCCUUUCCAGCGAUGAUGAAGAUGGACCUUCUGAAUCCAAAUGCACAGAGCUGCUGGAGGAUAUCACUGGCAAUAAAGAAACAGACCAACAAUCUGACUUCUGUUUCUCAGCAGAGCAAAUGAAAGACAAGAUGGAAAGUCACACAGACCAGUUUUUAACAGAGUCGAUUGAUGAUAAGUGUCCUAUCAGCUUACCUUCUGGAAGCACACCUAGAAAACAGAUGAACCCAGCACUGAACGUUGAAUUUGGUAGUCUAUACAUUGGGAAAUAUAAAUGGUUAUCAACAGGUCCUGCUAGGUUUACAACCAAGUAUAUUAUGAUCCCAUUUCAGGUGGCUCUUAACAAGAAUAUUAACCUGACAGUGGAUACUCUGGAUCUGAGAAGGUUUGGCUUGUGGAGAAGUGAUGGUGACUGUUCUUCAAAAAUUAUAAUUUUCCUUUGGUUGUCUGUGGAUUAUGUAGAAAAGGUUGAAACGCAAUUAGGAAAGUUAGUUAUCAGCAAGCCAUCCAAAUCUAGUGAAUUUGUAUUUCUUGAACUGUCCCAACCACUCACAGAAGGGGAAGAACAGAGACUGAAUGAACUGAUUACAGAAGUGAGCAAGAAGAACAGAGCACCAGAUCUCCCUGAGUUUUUGUCUUUGAAGCAAGCAUUACCGUUACUUAUGGACCUUUCUCCUGAAGAGAGCUCUUUUAUGAGUUACAGUAAGGAUCUUCUAAAGCAAUGUAUGCCAAAAGAGAAUACCUCAGAUGCUCAUGAGCCUACAGUUCAGGUAUCAAAACCAAAAGUGGCUAGGCCCAGUUAUGCCCUUGCAAAUAGGCAGAACAGUGGUUGCUAUUCUAUCUCUCUGUCCUCUGCGCUGAAUGAAGAGUGGAAAGAAGUAAGAGAAACUGGAGCAGUUGACAAUUUAAUUGUUUAUCCACCCCCACCCGCAAAAGGAGGACUGGGAGUCACAAGAGAAGACCUAGAGUGCCUAGAAUAUGGAGAGUUUCUCAAUGAUGUAAUCAUUGAUUUCUAUCUUAAAUACCUGUUGUUGGAGAAGGUGCCAAAACAUCUUGCUGACCGUACACACAUUUUUAGCAGUUUCUUCUAUAAGUGCCUGACCAGGACAGAAAAAAACUCUGAGGGGGAUUUCAAAGUUUCGGCGGCACAGAGAAGACACAGAAGAGUAAGGACAUGGACUCGUCAUAUAAAUAUCUUCAGUAAAGAUUAUAUUUUUGUGCCUGUGAAUGAGGAGUCUCAUUGGUACAUUGCAGUUAUCUGUUUUCCUUGGUUAGAAGAAGCUGUGUAUGAGGAGUGUCCCCAUCAGAAUUCAUUAAAUCACCAGCCUCAACAGUCUCCAUUUGGGUCAGAGAGUGAGAACACUAGAACUGGUUCAGUGUUGGCCUUUUCUGUUAACUGGAAGGAUGAAGAAGAAGUGGUUGCUAACAGAGGUUUAUUCUCAAAAGGUAGCAAUGAGUUUGCUGCUUCUGCUUCAGUCCUGGAUUCAGCUAUUUCUAAAAUGUCCUUAAGUAAUUCUAAAAGGCAGAUUUGUAAAAGGCCUUGUAUACUCAUCUUAGAUUCUUUGAAAGCUGGUUCCGUGCAAAAGACAGUUCAGCUUUUGAGAGAGUACCUUGAAGUGGAAUGGGAAGCUAAACGAAAAACAUAUCGGGAAUUCAAUAAAUCAACAAUGAUUGACCUGUGUCCCAGAGUGCCUAAACAAGAUAACAGCAGUGAUUGUGGGGUCUAUUUGCUGCAGUAUGUGGAAAGCUUCUUCCAGAAUCCCAUAGUUAACUUUGAAGAGCCACUGCAUCUGGAGAAGUGGUUCCCUCGUCAGCUGAUCAGAAGCAAAAGAGAAGAAAUUCGAGACCUCAUCUUGCAACUGCACUUUCAACAGCAUAGUGGCAGCAGCAGCUAA